AUGCAAAAAAUCGAAAAUGCUAUUGAACGAGCAAUUAAGUUUCGUGCAAAUGGCAUAUUUGUGAGCGAGACUUUCGAUUUGGCCAGAAAACAAGCGACAAAAGCAAUUGAAAAUGGAUUGAAACCAUUUCCAAUCGUUGUCAAAGAUUGUUUCUUGUGAGUUUUUAUUUUAUUUUUACUAGUAUUCUCCCUGGGAAAAGCAAAGCUUGAAAGACUCUCAGGGUUCCCAAUGUUCAUACAUUUAACGUGUCCCUUUUAAAAUCCGGGGGGGGUUCCCAUUUUUGAAAAUCCCCAAAAAAUACAAUAGGCGAGCAGCGUGUUUUCUAUUCUGCAGCGCCUUUUCGCGUCAGCGCGUAAGAUUAAAUGUUUGCGGACCAGUUGGUGUUGACACACACUUUUAAUUUUUCCGUUCUUUCUUUAGGUUUGGGAUUAAAGCUGCAAUGAUAUAAUUGUUAAUUUAAGUUUUCAAUGUAUCUAUUCAGAACAAAAGAUGCUCCAACAACAUGUGCUUCUCAAAUGCUAGCCAAUUAUAUUCCACCCACAACAUCAACUGUAGUUGAUCGAAUUGUGAGAAAAGGUGGAUGUAUAAUCGGGAAAACUAACAUGGAUGAAUUUUGCAUGGGAACAUCUUCACAGUUAGGACAUUUUGGACCAGUUAAGAGCAAUAUCAGAAGUGAAGGAGGAAUUGAAGAAGAUUGGAUGAUUCCUGGAGGAAGUUCAGGAGGUUCAGCUGUUGCCGUACAAACUGGAAUAGCUGAUGUGUAAGUUAAGAGAAGUUCACACUUUUUAAAUAAAUAUGUUUUUGUAGAGCUCUCGGGUCUGAUACAGGUGGUUCAACCAGAAAUCCAGCUGCUUUCAACGGAAUAUUUGGUCUGAAGCCAACAUACGGUGUUCUAUCUCGUCAAGGUCUUAUUCCUCUUGUGAAUUCACUCGAUGCUCCUUCGAUUUUUGCAAGAUCUGCCGAAGAAUGUUGGGAUUUUCUAGACAAAACUAGAGGACUUGAUGAUAAUGAUUCAACAUCAAUCGAUCUUCCGGAAUCAGAAAAUCUCGAUUCGUUGAAAAACCUUCGUGUUGGAGUUCCGAUAGAAUACCACAAUGAAAAGUUAUCAGAAAAUGCAUGGAAAAUCUGGAAUCACGCUAUAAAUGUUCUGAAAAACGAAGGAGCUGAAAUAUUUGAAAUAUCUUUACCACACACAAAAUAUUCACUUUCAUGUUACAGUGUGAUUGCAGCUGCUGAUGUGGCUUCAAAUAUGGCGAGGUAAUUGAAAGAAUCUUCCCAAUUUCAAAAAAAGAAAGAAUGUUUUUGUUCCAGAUAUGACAGUGUUGCUUAUGGUCAUCGUUCUUCCAAUAAUUCAUCAACUCAUGAAAUGUAUGCAGAAUCUCGAAGCGAAAGUUUGAAUACUGUAGUUCGACGAAGAAUUUUGGCGGGGAAUUAUUUUUUGAUGAAAAAAUAUCGAUCAAAAUAUUAUGAAAAAGCGCUCAAAAUUCGACGUCUUAUCAAUGAUGAGAUUAUCAAUUCUUUCAAUAAUUUAGAUGUUAUAAUAACUCCAACAGCUUCUGGAAAACCACCAAAAUAUUCAGAACUUCGAGAUACUUUAUAUUCAAAAGAAGACGAUGAUGAUUAUUUUACCCAAGCAGCUAAUUUAGCUGGGAUUCCAUCAAUUUCCGUGCCAUCAACACAAAAUGAAAAUAGAGAGAAUUAUCCAAUUGCUGUACAAAUUAUGGGAAAUCGGUUGAAUGAUCGAUUAGUUUGCGAUGUUGCGAGGAUGAUUCAUACAAAGUUUUAG